AAGCUCAAGUUCCUCAACGGCCUGCGGGGCAUCGCCAGCCUCAUGGUCGUCCACAUCCACGCUGGGUACCUGCAAGAGUCAACGAUUGCGCCGAGCGGAGUCGACACGUUCUUCGUGCUCUCGGCGUUCCUGCUCACGAUGCUCAACGAGUCCAAGAUCAACCGGUUGAUCAGUCGUCGAGACGGCCCCCGCCAGUGGAUGAUCACGCUGCUGGUCUACUUCGUCAAGCGCGUGCUGCGCGUGUACCCGCUGUUCGCGUUCGUGGCGUUCGUGCUGACGUGUAUGCCCGAAGCAACCCGCACGCACUACUACAACCUCGCGCACUACCACAUCGAGCACUGGAGCAUCUGGGAGAUCCUCACGUUUGAGCACCGGUAUUACCUCUUCUGGACGAUGCCGAUCGAGAUCACGUACUACUUCAUCAUCCCGGUCUUCCUGGCCGCGGUUUGCCUCCUGGGUAAAUUCAAGUGGUUCGCCAUAGUACCGAUGUACGUUUGGGUGUACCAUGAGGGAGGUCACACGAGCCGAAGAGGCCACGGAGAGUUUCGACCGCACUUGUCGACGUUCCUGGCGGGGUCUUUGGCUGCCGUGGUGCACUCCGAACUGAGCAAGUGGAUGAAGGAACGCCGCUUUGAGCCGCGCGUAUGGCAGCUCGCUGUUAUCCGCGCGUUUGAGCUGAUCAUGAUCUGCUGCGUGUUGAGCAACGUGUCCCGCGGAGACUUCAAGCCGUGGUUCAAGUUAUUUCCUUGCGAAGACGCAGAGGUGCCGUCGGUCAGCCUACCGGUGUCAGCAAUGAUUGUGAUCGAGACGUUGUUCCCGUCGGCAAUCUCUCGGGGGCUGGAGUGGAACUUCCUCUGCUACACGGGGAAGAUCAGCUUCUCCAUGUACCUGCUCCAUCCGUUCGUGAAUUUUCAGCCGUUCCUAAGGGAACUCCCGCGUAUUGAUCAGUUCAUCGUGCGCCUGGUCUUGGUGUACGCCCUGGCGACGGUCUCCUAUCUCAUCAUCGAGCGCAACUGCCAGCGGCUUGCGGUUGCAAUCGGCAAGAAGUUGACCAGAUUCUCAGGAUCUGCGCCAGCUCGAGUCGAAACUGCGUCGAAGACUCCGCAGUCG